AUGCCUCCACCAAUACAGACACCUGCGGACAGCCAAUUGGCCCCCAAGAAAGACGGUAGCACCAAGCUCUCCGCCAACGGAACCUCCGGCAACUCCGAGUCGCAGCCCGUGCCCAUUGUGAGGCGAUCGACAACUCGCCUGUCGCGCAUCUCGACCCAGCAGCUGCAGAAUGGCAAAGACCGCGAGGCCAAGAAUGUGUCGGUCAGGACGCUGUCCUCGACCCCGCCGGCCGCGGCGACGCUGGACCCUUUGAGCAAUGUAAGCAUAUAUACAAGCAGAUGCAUUUGUCUUGGACGGUGUCGGAAAGGAACUUCGUUUUUGAGCCGCCUGGCCAUGCGCAGCGCCUUCAAGAAGAACGACGACGAUGCGCCCGACUCCGACUCCGAGCUCGGCGAGCUGCGCACUGAAGGGAGCAGCGCUCGUGCUCCCAUGUCCGUCAUGAGCGAUGGCGGCGGCUACAUCCCGCUCUACAAAGAACCCCCCCGCUAUAUUCGCGUGAGGGCGCAUAACAGCAAACGUCGAGACUUUAACCGCCUCUUCUUGGCCCAGGAGCUGCUGGGCCCCAAGCCGGACAAGGACGACGAGCCGUCGCAAGGCCGCGCCCCUGCCACCGCGGUGGGAACAAAACUCCUCAAGGCUGGCGAUGCUAUUUGGGCGGCCGAGUUCAGCCUUGACGGCCGCUAUCUCGCCGUAGCGGGCAAAGACCAGGUCGUUCGAGUCUUUGCUGUUCUAUCGACCGAGGAAGAGCGCAAGGCGCAUGAGCAAGAGGAGGAAGCGGAAAGAGAAGCGCAAGGAAACAGCAGAGGGGAGCGACUCAGCGCGCCCGUAUUCCGAAGUAAGCCGAUUCACGAGUUCAAAGGCCAUACCGGCGAAGUGCUGGCCCUUUGCUGGAGCAAAAACAACUUUUUGCUGUCGACAUCAAUGGACAAGACUGUGAAGCUCUGGCACAUCAGCAGAGACGAGUGCCUUGCUACGUUUACGCACCACGAUCUGGUUACUUCGGUGGCCUUUCAUCCGACCGACGACCGAUUCUUCCUCGCCGGCUCCCUGGACGCUCAGCUCAGAUUGUGGAACAUACCAGACAAGACAGUCGCCUUUUCGGCGUCUACAAACGAAUUCAUCACGGCUGUUGCCUUCUCCCCCGACGGAAAAAUGGCCAUUUGCGGGGUGCUGAAUGGCAUGUGCUCGUUUUACGAGACAGAGGGCCUUAAAUUAAAGUUUCAGAUCCAUGUCCGAUCGUCAAGGGGAAAAAACGCCAAGGGUAGCAAAAUCACAGGCAUCAAGACGGCCGCUAACGCGGGAACUGGCGAGGUCAAGGUACUGAUUAGCUCCAACGACUCGCGCGUGCGAAUCUACAGCUUGAAAAGCAGGAUGCUCGAAGUCAAAUUCAAGGGUCUGGAGAACCAGUCCAGCCAGAUCCAUGCUCGCUUCAGCGAUGAUGGCACCUAUGUCAUCUGCGGUAGCGAAGACCGGAAAGCAUACAUUUGGAACACAAACACGUCCGAAGCCGACACCAAAGACCGUCAACCUUAUGAAUGCUUCGACGCUCACCCAGAGGUUGUCACCACCGCUCUGAUAGCACCGACGCGGACAAGACAGCUCCUGAGCGCUUCGGGAGACCCGAUUUUCGACCUCUGCAAUCCACCCCCGGUUUUGCUUCGCAGUCUUGAUGAGGCAGCGCUGAGCCAAACAGAGGUAUCGGAGACAGGCACGGAGAUCCAUCACCCACCGCCGAGCAUCAGGAAGCCCGAAGAAAGCCCAGCCUACAUUGAACGUUGCAAGCACAGUGACGGAAAUAUUAUAGUUACAACGGACAGGACCGGCACCAUCAAGGUAUUUCGACAAGAUUGUGCCUUUACCAAGCGCCAGCAAAACAUGUGGGAGAUUGGCUCCAAGUCCUUUAGCAAGGUGAGCGGGCUGGGACGAAGCGGAAGCAUCAUCACGAGAACUAGCGGAAGCUUGUCUAGACGGACUUCGUUGAAUCUGAGCCAAGGCCAGAGCGCCCAGCACCCGUCUGACCGGAUUAUUAGCUGGCGCCAAGAUGUGGAUGACGAGGGGCGGGCCAGCCUCAAUGUGACGCCGGCAAGGAGUGAGCGAUCUGCAUCGCCAAUGAAGGCCGGCAAAACACCUGCCAGCAUAUCCACGGCGGUCAAUCCCUCAGCCGAAGCCCGAAGACGACCUGUUCCAAGCGGCUCGCCGGUUCGUGCCGCGCAGAGGAAUAGUCUCGUCAGCCCCGUAGGUAGCGUGCGGAGUAGGCCAUCGAUUGGAGCGUUGGACGGAGCAUCGCAACCACCGACGCCGAGCUUCAAUUUGAUCAGCGUGGCUGAUGCCGACGAGUCCGAAAAGGACGGCAGUUUUUGGAAUCUCAGUCGGUGGAGGGGCAGCUUUUCGGGACUACGAUACUCGAUAAGUGCAAACUCUCCCACUGAGUCUACUCACGAUGCCGCCGCUGCCUCUUCUUCUUCUGCUGCUGAAGCAGAACAGCCCAAAGCUGCCAAUGAAUUGCUGAAGCCCCCUAGCAAGACCGCCAAUCGGAGGAGCAUUGGGGUUACCGACCUCAACAGGCCCAAGGUCGUGGAAGAUCAGACCAACCGCAGAAGAUCAAUGGGGCCAACAAUUCGAGCAAGCAAAUCCCAGGAAACAACUACGGGAAUGGACGUCAUUGAUGAAAACAAAUCCGAUCCGUCGCUACCCAAGAAGCGGGCUGAUUCUGGCGUGGGGAGGAUGAGUGAUGAUACGGCUGAAUGAUUUUAUGGGAUAUGGGAUGACGUGGGAGAGAAUGGGAAAGGGGAAAAAAGGAAAAGAGUAUGGCUUAAAAGUCUCUUGGGAGCAAAACUUUGUUACUUUGGGUAUCCAGAGCUUUGUCCUGUUGAUUUUUUGGAAAUCAAGAGCUGUAAUGCUCGAUCUGUGCUUGUUGCUUCAGAUCCUUGUCUCUCUUUUUCUCUCUCUCUCUUCACUUUUCCUUCUUUAUAACGGCUGCAUACAACAAGCGUGGAGUUUUUUCAUUUUUAUGUUAUUCAAUUAUGUCUACAUUUUUCUCCUUCUUUUUUCCUUGCUAUACCCAGCGGUGUAUAAAUUCAUGGUGGUGGUGGCGAGAUUAACACUGGUGUUUUCUUUUCCUUUCUAUUCUCUCUCUUUUCUUGGCAUUUGGAACACGGAACAAGACUCCUCUUUUGUGUAUUAUCGGGGCGCACUGUAUGUAGAAUUUGGGAGUAGAGCAAAUCAAUGAUAUCAUUAGGUUAUUUGGGAUACGACGGAUGGAAUGAUGAAGCGGGCUGAAUAGAGUCGUUACGAUGC